UAUGAGCUCUUUGAAUUGGUAGCACAUUUUUCUCCACUGCUUUCGUCGGCAUUAAUAUGGCAGCAUCCAUGGCAUCCCAGGCUGUAGUGAGAGCACUGCGUGAAACAACAUCGAAACACAGACUAUUUGACAAAUUCAAGUGUGCGAGGCUGAGCUCCAGACGAUGGCUCAACCUGCAGGAGUACCAGAGCAAGAAACUGAUGCAAGAGAGCGGGGUGACGGUCCAGCGCUUCUACGUGGCUGACACAGCCUCCGAAGCCCUGGAGGCUGCCAAGAGGCUGGAAGCAAAGGAGAUAGUUCUGAAGGCCCAGAUACUGGCAGGGGGGCGAGGGAAGGGCCUGUUCGAUAGUGGCCUUAAAGGUGGAGUGCACUUAACUAAAGACCCUUCAGUGGUGGGUGAGCUGGCCAAUAAGAUGCUUGGCUUUAGUCUGACAACCAAGCAGACACCAAAAGAAGGGGUGAAGGUGAAAACGGUGAUGGUGGCGGAGGCUAUGGACAUCAGCAGAGAGACCUACUUCGCCAUCCUGAUGGACCGUGCCUGUAACGGGCCCGUCAUGGUGGGCAGUCCUCAGGGCGGCGUGGACAUCGAGGAGGUGGCUGCCACGACCCCUGAGCUCAUCUUCAAGGAACCCAUAGAUAUUUGGGAGGGAGUUCGAGAUGACCAGGCGCUGCGCAUGGCUGGCAAUUUGGGUUUCAAAGGACCUCUGGAGAGCCAGGCAGCAGAUCAGAUUAAGAGGCUCUAUGAUCUCUUCCUGAAAGUCGACGCGACUCAAGUUGAAGUCAAUCCUCUUGGAGAGACUCCGGAGGGACAAGUGGUGUGUUUCGAUGCCAAGAUCAACUUUGACGACAAUGCAGAGUUCCGUCAGAAAGCCGUCUUUGCGAUGGAUGACAUGUCGGAGAGCGACCCAACUGAGACGGAAGCGGCCAAGUGGGACCUUAAAUACAUUGGACUGGAUGGAAACAUUGCCUGCUUUGUGAAUGGGGCUGGCCUGGCCAUGGCCACUUGUGACAUCAUCGACCUCCAUGGAGGGAAGCCAGCAAACUUCCUGGACCUGGGAGGAGGCGUCAAGGAGAACCAGGUGUACCAGGCCUUCAAACUGCUCACUGCAGACCCCAAGGUGGAGGCCAUCCUGGUGAACAUCUUCGGGGGCAUCGUCAACUGUGCCAUCAUCGCCAACGGCAUCACCAAGGCCUGCCGAGAGCUGGAGCUCAAGGUCCCGCUUGUGGUCAGGCUGGAAGGGACCAAUGUACAGGAGGCCAAGAGGAUCUUGUCAGAGAGUGGACUGCCCAUCACGUCGGCCAGUGACCUGGAUGACGCUGCCAAGAAAGCUGUGGCCAGCAUCAGGAAGUAGAGGAUCACCAAAACUCCUCUGUUCAGUCCUACCCUCUUCCAGCCCCAUUCCCCCACCCACCCCUCCUCUCCUGGCUUAACCGCCCCGCAGCCCUCUGGCCCUUAUAUCAACCUCUGGUGAUUCAAGAGGAUUCAGCAAUAUCGUCCUGGUGCUUCCUCCUCGUAAAUGUCAGGUCAUCAUGUUUCAAUGUUGUUUUAGUGUUGGCCAUACUUAAAUAGGAGGGGAUAUCCUGUUCAUGUCGCAGAUGCCUUUGUGUGCCAUCACUGUGAUUUCUGUAAAGGACAGUUUGUCAAACAUCUCCUGACAGCAAACCUGGAAGGACUUUCAAAGAGCAUAAGGCCUUGCUUAUCUCUUCUGGUUUUCUAUUUUGUUUGUCAUCAGUGUCAAAAGGUUAUUGGUGCUUUAGGAGAAACUUCCUGGGUUUGCCUUAAAGCCAAUGCCUUAAUUCCAUGUUGUUUGUAAGGCAGUAGAAAUUAUCUUAUUCACCCGAUGUCUAUCAUUAUUAUAUUUGAAAUCAGGUGUAUGAAGUGGGCAAUCUUACAGUAUUGCACUCUGAUUUUGUAAUUCCAUAUUUUAUUGUGCUGCAGAGAAAGUUGAUUUAGCAGGAUAUAACUUUGAUAAACACUGUGCCUACUCCAUGAAGGAAAAAUGGUUGACAGGUAAUCUAGCCAACACUUGACUUAUUCAUUCAUUUAUCAAAUGUCGUUGUAAUUACUAUUUUUAUAAUCAUGAUUGUAUAUUGCCAGUUGAGAUGUUGCUGGUUAACUGUGUGUGUGUGUGUGUGUUUAUAAUUUGAGAGAGAAAUAAAUGACUAUUUCAGCAA